UCUACCGAGAACUUUGCUGAAGAUGGGAGCCAAAUUGACUACAGAAGCAUAGUAGACUCGGAUGAGGAACUUGACGUCCAUGAGUUCUGUGAGCCUAUCGAGAGAUAUGCAGACGGGACUUAUUAUCCUCUACACAUCGGGGAAAUCCUGGUUGAUACCUAUCGUAUCGUGCAUAAGCUAGGAUGGGGAGGGUUUUCCACCGUCUGGAUGGCACAAAAUAUUAAAACGCACUCAAUGGUUGCGCUCAAAAUUAAUGUUCCUGGAGAUGUAGGAGAUCAGGAGCUCAGCAUACAAAAGGAAAUCCUUCUUACGGUCGAAGAUUUGUCUCACCAUUCAACUUUUUUGGACACGUUUACUCUUAAGGGCCUAAGAGUUACACACCUGGUUAUCGUAUCUCCUGUACGGGGCCCAAAUCCUUACUACUACUCUUCUAUGCCGAUGAAGACAAGGAUGAGCGCCGCAAAACAAUUACUUAUGGCCAUCAAGUCCCUCCAUGAUACUGAUAUCGUACUUUGUGACCUGAAUAGCGGCAGUGUGCUAUGGGAUAUUGGCGCCAUUAACGAUUAUAGCCAGGAAAUGGUCUACCGAGAAUUUGGCCGUCCUCGAAGAGCGCUACUAAGCUCAGAUAAUUGGAAAAGUGGAGAGGUAGUCCAGCCAGUAAAGGUGAAUCCAGAAUUGCUGAGAGGAGCUAAUAUCUUUCUCUCUGACUUUGGGUUAGCAAUCAAAAAAGGGUCUCCAGUCAAGUGCAAGUGGCAGUUACCUGCCAUGUUCUGCGCUCCCGAGCGAUUUCAUGGUAUAGGCCCUAGCUUUGCCAGCGAUAUGUGGAGCUAUAUGUGUCUCUUCGCACAAUUUUACCUUGGUUAUGUUCCCUUCGAAGGCAACGCAAGUAUCACAGCACUAUCCAGCUUUUCAUUCCUCAUCGGUCCUCUACCUUUACAGUGGGCUGGCAGGUAUGAAGUAGGAGGUACUACCUUUAAAGACAAUUGGUAUGAUCAAUCACGAAAACCAAGAACUUUGGAGGGUAUGAUCGAACGGUCGAAGCCUAAGGCGAGUGCUGCUGAGCGAGAGUUGGUGCUCGUGGUAUUUCAAAAAGUAUUUACAUAUUUGCCUGAAGAUCGCCUGACGGCCGCGGAGCUUCUGAAGGACAAGGAUUUCAAUGCUCUCAUGAGCAUAUAUGAGGCCUAA